UGUGCGCACGCUUCGAUUAUCGAUUGAAACGUUACGUUUCUUGAGUUCGUACGUUGGAUCUCAUUUAUGUGAAUACAGUGACUGUGGAUGUUCGUGGAAUGAGUUCCUCACAGUAGGCCAGUUGGCUGACAUCUCUAGUUCGUUGUCCGUGCGCGAUCGCGAGUUUUGGAAAAAUGCGGUGAAAUUCGAUGUAUAACAACGUGCCUUCGUGAAAUCGGCCAUUUUGAUAGUGCGUGUUUCACGAAAACGGAUAAGAUCGUUUCUGGCAGCUACCUUCGACGGUUGUGCGUGGAAGUGGUGGCAGCUCGGUGUCGACCACAGGACACAGCCGUAAAACUGAAAACGAUAGUGGUCUUGGGCUAAUAAGAAAAUAGCCUCAACAAAAUGGCAGGAAAUACGGGUAUGGAACAAUUAAUCCCAAUCGUGAACAAGCUCCAGGAUGCAUUCACUCAACUUGGGGUGCAUAUGCAACUUGAUCUACCACAGAUCGCAGUGGUAGGUGGUCAGAGUGCAGGAAAAAGUUCAGUUCUUGAAAAUUUUGUUGGAAAGGACUUUUUACCUAGAGGAUCUGGUAUUGUAACCAGACGACCACUUAUUUUACAACUGAUUAAUAGUACAACUGAAAAUGCUGAAUUCUUGCAUUGUAAGGGUAAAAAGUUUGUGGAUUUUGAUGAAGUACGGAAGGAAAUCGAAGCAGAAACAGACAGAGUUACAGGCAGUAACAAGGGUAUUUCUAAUAUACCAAUAAAUUUAAGAGUAUAUUCGCCUAAUGUACUAAAUUUGACAUUGAUUGAUUUACCUGGCCUCACGAAAGUACCAAUUGGAGAUCAACCAGUAGAUAUAGAAUCUCAAAUUAAAGCUAUGAUCUUUCAGUUUAUCAAAAGAGAAAAUUGUCUCAUAUUGGCAGUAACACCAGCAAAUACUGAUUUAGCAAAUAGUGAUGCCCUUAAACUUGCUAAAGAGGUAGAUCCUCAAGGUGUUCGUACAAUUGGUGUUAUUACAAAAUUAGAUCUUAUGGAUGAUGGCACUGAUGCAAGGGAUAUUUUGGAAAAUAAAUUGUUACCCCUAAGACGUGGUUAUAUAGGUGUCGUUAACAGAAGUCAAAAAGACAUAGAAGGUCGGAAAGAUAUAAAAAAUGCUCUAGCAGCAGAAAGGAAAUUUUUCUUGAGCCACCCAUCUUAUCGACACUUGGCAGAUAGGUUAGGAACACCAUAUUUGCAACGCGUUUUAAAUCAACAAUUAACAAAUCAUAUUAGGGAUACUUUACCAGCAUUAAGAGACAGAUUACAAAAACAGUUGCUUGCACUAGAAAAGGAUGUAGAACAAUACAAACAUUUCAGACCUGAUGAUCCUGCCAUAAAAACUAAAGCUAUGUUACAGAUGAUACAACAGCUUCAGUCAGAUUUUGAAAGAACUAUAGAAGGUUCAGGAUCUGCACAAAUCAAUACAAAUGAGCUCAGUGGAGGUGCUAAAAUAAACAGAUUAUUCCAUGAACGUUUUCCAUUUGAAAUAGUUAAAAUGGAAUUUGAUGAAAAAGAACUGAGAAGAGAAAUUGCUUUUGCUAUUAGGAAUAUUCAUGGUAUCAGGGUAGGUUUGUUUACUCCUGAUAUGGCUUUUGAGGCAAUAGUCAAAAAACAAAUCAAUAGACUCAAAGAACCUAGUCUGAAGUGCGUGGAUUUAGUUGUACAAGAACUCAGUAAUGUUGUACGCAUUUGUACUGACAGGAUGUCACGUUAUCCUAGACUGCGAGAAGAAACGGAACGUAUUAUAACCACUUAUGUUAGACAACGAGAACAAUUGUGCAAGGAACAGUUAAUACUUUUGGUUGAUUGUGAACUUGCAUAUAUGAACACAAAUCAUGAAGAUUUUAUUGGUUUUGCCAACGCGGCAGCCAGUAGCCAUAAUGCAAGUGCUCAACAGUCCUCAGAAAAUGCUGUUAAAUCUGGUCGUCAUACAUUAGGAAAUCAAGUAAUACGCAAAGGAUACAUGUGUAUCCACAAUCUCGGUAUAAUGAAAGGUGGUUCAAGAGAUUAUUGGUUUGUCCUAACAUCAGAGAGUAUUUCUUGGUACAAAGAUGAAGAAGAACGUGAGAAGAAGUAUAUGCUACCUUUAGAUGGAUUGAAAUUGCGUGACUUGGAACAAGGAUUCAUGUCCCGACGUCAUUUGUUUGCUUUAUUUAAUCCAGAAGGCAGAAAUGUUUAUAAGGAUUACAAACAGCUUGAACUGAGCUGUGAAACUCAAGAUGAUGUUGAUUCAUGGAAAGCUUCUUUCCUCAGGGCUGGUGUAUAUCCCGAAAAAUCAACAGAGCAAGCAAAUGGCGAAGGAGAAGAAGGAUAUGAGGGUGGAUCGGAAGCUCAAUCAUCAAUGGAUCCUCAACUUGAACGUCAAGUGGAGACCAUUAGAAAUCUGGUGGAUUCGUAUAUGAAAAUUGUCACAAAAACAACACGUGAUUUGGUUCCAAAGACAAUUAUGCAUUUGAUUAUAAACAAUGCAAAGGAUUUCAUUAAUGGAGAGUUACUGGCACAUUUAUAUGCAAGUGGUGAUCAGGCUUCAAUGAUGGAAGAAUCACCCGAAGAAGCACAAAAACGAGAGGAGAUGCUACGCAUGUAUCAUGCAUGUAAGGAGGCACUUCGUAUUAUUGGAGAUGUUUCGAUGGCGACAGUGUCUACUCCAGUACCACCACCUGUGAAAAAUGAUUGGCUAGCAUCUGGCGAAAAUCCAAGGUUAUCACCACCAUCUCCUGGUGGGCCAAGACGCGGAGUGACACAGCCACCACCUCUUUCUAGUUCUCGAGCCCCACCUCCGGUUCCGUCUGGUGGUCGACCAGCACCGGCUAUUCCUAACCGACCUGGACCUGGUGGACCUCCGCCAGCCCGUGCCACACCUGGCCUACCUCCUCCUCUUAUACCAUCGCGCCGACAAUAAGUCAUCGCACUAACUCGCCUAUUCACUACUAAUUAAUAUACAUAUAUACAUAUAUCAAUUGCAUCUAGUCAGUGUAUAUUUUACACGAGAUACAAUUUCCUAAUGCUAUAUGUUUUGUCUGCAAGUAUUAUGAAUUAUUAUUGUUAAUUAAGGGUGUGUAAGUUGUAUAAAAAUUAAUAAACUUGUGAAUAUUUGUAUUAGUUAGAGAUUAAGAAGAGCUUCCAGGAACUUUUACGGGCAAUUUAUCUUAUACGUAUUACGCAUUAUAUCAGUAAUAUAUCAAAUUAUUUCAUAUUCCAAUUACUUUUUAAAAACGACCUAGGAAUUAUUAUCCGUAUUGUUUCGUCGUUUUCAUUUUAUUUAAUAAAUAUUAUAGAAAUAUGCUGCUCGCUUCUUGUAAUCAUCCUAAACAAAUUUAUACAAUCCCGAUGUAACGUUACAAAAUUGCACACCUCUAAUUAACAAUCUAAGUGUCUACGAUAUAUUUAAUCGGUACUAGUGACAAAAAGUAUGUAUAAAUAAAUCACGAUUCAUUCGCGACGAACAAAGAAAAAUGAGGUAGAAUGACAUUUGUUUAAUUGUAAAUUAGUUGAGUGAAAUUGUAAAUUAUAUCUGUAUAUACAACUAAGAACGUUGUAAAAUAAACGAUCUUGAGUUCUUAUCACAGGUGGUGGAUAAGUAUUCAUUCGCUUUACUAACAGCAUGACAUUUUAAUUGUCGCGCGAAUAAAAUACAUUUUCAAUCGAUUCGCAGAGCGAUAUUUCGAUCGAUGUAAAAACCUGUAUGAGAGAAUGUGAUACAUGAAUAUAUACGGAAUAAAUUUUCCCAUAACGUGUUGCAUUUGCAUUUGGCAGCUUCUGAAACUCUCUUAAUAUUACUGCUUUCUUGCCAUCGUUCAUUCAAUUAGUAAAAUCACGGAAAAAACGAGAAAAAUUGAUUUUAAUAUUGUCAGCUAUUUUGUCAUUAUGGGGGAUGAACGUGUCGGUGCCUGCAUUGAAAACAUUCUUUCUGUUGAACGAAUAUCAAGCAGUUGAUCGUCAACGCUCUAUUACUCGUUACCGAAUUCCCGCGUCUGUCGCUUAGUAGAACCACGCGAGAGAUUACACAUACUUCUUAGGACAUUCGAGGAUGCACGAUAUCAGUCUAAAAUGUAGUGCAUCAUGCAGAUAUUAAUUUAAAUUACCAUAUAUUAGUGGAAUUCUCUCUUUAUAUAGUAGCAUACUAUUGAUAAGGCAUUGAAAACAAAUAAGAUUUGUAGUAAAAGCUGAGUGUCCGUGGUGUAUGUUUAGUCGUGGGGGUGGUCUUCAGCAGAGGGUGACGCAAGCUGCGACGCAGGCCGCUGCUAAUGCCGCCGUGAACGAGCUGAUGGAAGCAUUCAAGAUCAAGUAAAUACUCUUGCUGCCUCAUAACUCUUUUUUUAUAUGCGAGAUAUCUUGCUCUUUUAACCACGAUAAUGAAUUAUUAUGGGCAAUCUUAUUUAAGUUGCGCUAGAUUGGUAGACUGUUCAGGGUUGAGAAUGAACACUAAUUUGAUGUCUCACUGUUUUCCGAUAGUGUUUCGAUAACUAAUUUUUGCGAAUUAUAACCAGCUAUGUUUUUUUGUCUCCUUCGCUCUCUCUCCCCCCCCUCUCUCUCUCUCUCUCUCUCUCUCUCUCUCUCUUGCAUGAUCCGAAAAAUUGGAUUAAUAGCGAUGAUAUUGCCUUCAACGUUAUAUAUCGUUAUUCGACAUACAUAUGUGUGCGAGACAUAGACAUUAUAUAUACAUAUUGAAAGAAAAGAGAGUGAACGUCCCUGUGCACAUGCCGUAGAAAAAAAAAAUAUACGUGUGUAAGGGAAUACCUCUGUAUAUUUGUAAGACAUGUAAUUCGCUUCGUUACAUUCCAUAUGUAUAUUGUUCUUACUUGGUAAAGUAGUUUAUUGUUAAAAGGAAAUAAAUAUUCUUUCAUGAACCGUAGAAUGAUGACGUGUAUUGUGUAAUCCCAGAAAGCAUAAAAAGCUGUAAGACCUGAUAUAACAUACAAUUUAUUGCUGUUUCGCUUUGAAUGCUGAUAUCAAGUAUUGAAUACUUGCACAUACAUAUCUUCUUACUUAGAGAUAUUUAAAAAUGAAGGAGUUCAAUUUUUUAAAUCAAUAUAUUUAUAUCUCCAGUGACUCUAUAUCCUGGAAAGUCUACCAGAACCGUACGAUGUGAUCAAAAGUAGUUUCGAUUAGGCGCAAUUCCGAUUCCGAUUGCGAUGUCAAAAUUCAUUCUCUGAAUUUGCAUAAAAUAAAAUAAGAAAUGUCAUGCUGUUGGGCAAAAGUUGUAGACAAUUAUUAUUGAAUGUUCGUUUUAUCGCAUCUGUUCGAUCGAUUUCUAAUCGGCGACAACUGCGUUACAAAUAAGUUUUAGUAUCUGUAAUUAUUAAUUGCGUGACGCAAACACAGUCACAUUUAUACACACACAGAUACACAUUACACACUGUUUCUCUACCUCUUUAGAUGUCACCACAUUUUAUUCCAUUCUUAGCCAUUAAUAUUAAAACUGUCAUAUAGACUUAUACAUAUAUACAUACAUAGCUAAUCCCUAAUGAAGUAUUAAUGAAAAAAAAAAAAAAAAAAUGUGCUCAGACAUAGGAUGUGAUAUAGCGUAGAGUGCUUCAAGGAUUUUGCAUGAAAAUCCUGAGUCGCGAACUCUCUCCCUCCCUCUGAAUAGUCUUAAUAAAAGAAGAUUAAUACUAAUGAUACCGAAUGAGAAUAAUAAAUAUAUAUUAUACAUAUACAAUACAAUAUUAAUCGUAUGUCGUUAUAAUGUAUAAUGAAUGUAUAUCACUCAGCAUGCGUUCAGGAGCUGCGUUAUAUUUGGAAAAGGUAUUUGUUGUUUCUUAUGCUCCUCGACCGUGUUUAGCAAAUUAAAUCAAUUAUACAUGUACAUAUAUAAGGAAAGGGAAUAUGAUGUAUUCUACUACAUUCUUGUAAUUAAAUCCACGGGACGCGAUGUGCUUUCGGAUUUGUGUAGUACACAUGUUUGAUGAUCACGAAUGCUCCUCUCUGUACUAUAUUCGGAAUAUUUAUCUAUAAACUUUUGAAUAAGAUUAUAUAAAAAGGAAACUUAUUGGUAAACAGAUGAAACAUUUGAUGAUACUUAACUCUUAAAUAGCUGCAGAAUCGUUUAUUAGAGAAAUGCUUAAAUUAAAAAUUAUAUUAGCUUUUUACAAAAAUGGCGUAUGUAUUUCAUAUAUCAUUUUUACGAGUUUAUCUCUGACUUUUUUACUUGUUAUAAAUAAUAGAAGCUUCGUUAUCAAUAUUAUCGUAAUUGAUUGUUAAGAAGUUUCGACGCAUUUACUGACAACGCUAUCACAUUUUGCGUUAUAAUUAAUCGAACUAGAGUAAACUUUGUCCCACUUCAACGUAACCUUUACAUAUUGCAUUCAUGUAUGUAUAAAUAUUUUUUAAACGAGCAAAUUAUUCGUCAUUGCAAGAACAACGAUACCAUGCAAAGAGUAGGAUUAAGUCUGUUACCAGUGACGCGUGAAGUAUCGAGGGCAAUGAUCAAAGUGCCACUAUGAAAAAAGAAAAACAAAGAAAGGAAAGAAGAAAGGAGAAUAUGUAUUACUUUCAAUUAGAGCGAAAUGUCGAAGGUUUCUCUUGAGCAAAUAGUAACUAUAAAAGAGCGUUGAGAACAAUAAUUCGCAUUUGCCGUGUCACUAUGUCCUGCGUGCUUGUUCUGAUCGAUCGAAUCAAAAAAGAGGCAAUCUCGAUGAUAUACAAUUCUAAAUUGAGUGAAUCCCAUUAUUAACUCGUUCGUUUCAGUGUUGAAAGAGCCUAAUAAUAUUCAAUGAUGUCGUUUCACCAUACAUAUAGAGAUGUAUUUAUUUACGUCGAAUUUACGUAAGAGCCGCCACCUUCUCUUUUCCGAAACUUUGUAAUGUCUACACAUAUAAAUCGAUAUUUUUCGUUAAAGAAAAUGGCUUUUGGAAAACAAUAUUAGAUAAGGAUCAAACAUACAGUCUGAAUGAAAGCACAUCGCAUUCGCAAAUCGAAUUAUCUAUCGCCUGUUAAUACUGGACACAACCUUUAAUCCGUAAUUUAGAUUAUUCGCUGAGUACUAAUAGAUUGAAUUGUACCGUGUACGUUGUUCUCUAUCAAGGAAAUGAAAAGAAUUACGGGAAGAUAAACACAGACAUACACAAAAAGAACAAGAAACUCGGAAAAGCGAGCAAUCACAAGUGGUAUUAUUGUAAUGUUAUUGUACAGAUAUAUAUAUACAUAUGUCUAUUGAUCAUUUUAUGCACCGUAAUUCCAGAAUUAAGUAGAUCAUACGUUGAAACUACCGAGGUGAUUGUGAUUACGAUUCACAAAUUGUGAAUACAAUUAUAAUUAUAAUUAUUGUUAUUAUUAACGAUAUCAUUAUAUUGUAUACUGUACAGGAUAAGAAAGAUAACGUUAUUCGUUUCAGUAGCGUGACAGAUUUCUUGCUCGAUAGAUCGUGAAUUUUUAUUUUCGUAAAGUUACAUACUUUAGCAUGGUUCCUUUAGACACAAGUCUUAUGAGUAUUAAAAAAAUGAUAGAGAUACAAGUAGAUGUACAAGCCUCGUAAGUACGCAGCGUUGCGUUUCAAUAACACUGGGUGUAUCAAGUAGUAGAAACGUGCAAAGAAAAAUUGUUCUUCAGUAUGUCCAGGUUCUUAUAUGUUCAUCGACAGUAUUCUGCGGUUCCACCCUUCGAGAUUAUAUUUCAAUUUUUUUACACCACUUUUUGUACCUUUACAACUGCAAAAAUUUUUGUCUAGUUUGUCGAAUAUGAAUUUUUGGCCUUUGGUACCAAUAUACGUAUACGUUGAAACUAUUUGUAAAAAUUAAAUGAAAAAGAUGUUUACAUUCACAUUUAAUUUGUAAUUCGUACAAAUUUUGAUCACUAUUGGCAAUACCCGAUUGGGUGGAAUCUUUAUUUCAAGUGUUACAACGAAAAACGACAAGUGAAGUUGCCAUCAGCGAAUCGUGAAACAAAGAAUGUUCACGGUUUCCUACUUGAUGCGUCUUUACGUUCGUACCGUCAAUUAACAAUUAUUCGAUUCCUUUGUUUCCAAAGAAGAAAAAAGGAGAAAUCUCCGUACAUUUUAACUUUUACUUCAUGUUGUACGAUCUAUGAUAAAUAGAUUUUUUGGGUAUUGGGCCUAAAAUGAGAUCUUUGAGAACAAGCUCGGCUUUCGUGACUAGAUCCAAUGAAAAUAGCGUUAACCGUGUUUAGCGAUUACUCUAUUUAGAGACCGAUUAUGGAUGCAAAAACAACAAAGAAACAGCAAGCUCCUUUGUGAACAUAAAAUACAAAUAUUGUUGCCGCACUUUAGCAUUUAAUCGUCCAAUCGAAAGGCGAUCCUGAACGUAUCUACAAUAAAAUUAAUUGAAUACUUUUCAAAAUCAGGUGCAAAUUUUGUGACCUAAUAAUUAUAUAAUGCUCGUUUCAAACGUAUAGUAUUAAUUUAUCUGAAUUAAAAAUACUAUUUCUUUACCGUGUAUGUUUCGAUUGUUUAAUACCAUCCUGCGCUCAUAACUACGUUCAGAUCGUCCCACGUUCCAGAGAGAGGAAGAGAAGAGAAUAAAUCGCGCAGGAAAAAACAGAAGAGAGCAGAUCGAUGAACGAGGUUUCAUGACUGCAACACACAUCCUAUUCACGCGACAGAUUAUAUUGUUACAUGCUUCCAUCGAAAAGCCUUAAAUACAGAGAAAUUCUUGCUAAAAAGGUUACUAGGUUUGUGUAAGACGGAUCAUGGAUUAAUAAGCGUGAUUCUAUUGUAUAUGGCGGGCCAAGCGUAAACGUAUACAAUCUCACGUAACAAGAACGUGCGAACGAUGGAAAUGAAUGAUGGUAAAUGAGCAAUAGAGACGAAUAUGUAAUUAAUAAAAAUCGAUGGAAAUACUAUUCGUGGCUGGAUUCGUCGCCGACGUUAUUUUCACGUGGUUAAAAUUUAGAUGGACGUCGGAACGAAUCGUAGACAGCAGAUCUCUAAGUAACCCACGCGUUAUCAAUGGAUCAAUCCUUGAUAAAAAUAAUUCGAAAAAUUAAAAACAAAUAUUCAAUGUUUCUUGCGAAGAUGUCAAUAGAGCUUACUGCUAGUUUUUAAUUACAUCAGUAAAUUUUUCAUAAUUUUUAUACCCCUGUUAUACCCCUGAUUUUGAUAGAAAUGAUGUUUUUCUACAUCUCACUACAAGAGGAAGCGAUUGUUCGUUGAACUCGAUCAUCGAUAUUCAUCCUCGAACAUUUGUUGUAAAAAUAUUUCGUAAAUUCAAAACAAGGAGAACAUUGACAAGGGGGGUUACUUAGCAAAUUAUUCUAUGUGGAUUGUGCACCUUACACGAUUCAACAUAUUGUAAUAUCGCGCGAUGGUCGCGUGAUAUUUGCAUACCCCGUUUUAUUGCAAUAUAAUUGUAUAUAUAGAAAAAAAUAAUAUGUUAUAAAUUCAAAAUGUAUAUCUACAUAUAUACAUACAUACGUACAUAUAGAUAUAUUCAUAUAUGUGCAAAAAUGAAAAUUGGGAGAGAAGCGUGUGUUAUUAUCUGAUGACCGGAAACGCAUUUCCGCUGGGGAAAUUAGUAUCCAAUGAGAUUAGCAUUCGAUUACUGCGACUGGAUACUGUUCUUAUUGUGUUGUAACACUUGUGUUUAAUGUGUUGACCACGUUUUUUUACAUGUUCCAUUAAUUCUUCUCUGAUUCUCGCUUAAUUCUAUGUACCAUUGCGUGCAAAUAACAAGUAUUAUUUUUAAUAGAGAAUGUGCGAGAUUGUCCUGAUUGUUCCCGCACGCUGGGAUGCGUAUUCGCGUUCUGCGUUAUUUUUUGUUCUCUUUCUCUUCUUUUGUAAUCAAAUCACUGUCCAAUGUCUGCCACCUUUUUAAUAUUUUUUCCCAUAAAAGCAUCCAGGAUUUUACCUCGUGAAGUAUUUUACAUACGAAUCAAUUCAAUUGUAUUUAUCUGUAUCCAAAGGACGUUUGAAAAGAUGCAAUUAAAGUUAAUGUUUAAUUGAAAA